AUGGUGCGGUCGAUGAUGCUUACAGUGUUUACGCUUGCUUUCUUUGGAUUGGUAGCAGAUGCAGCAGUCGUUCAACGCACAUUCCGUAUAGGAUCCACGUCUACGAACAUGCUAUGUCGAAGCACGAGCAUUAUCGCUGUGAACAACCAAAUGCCCGGUCCAACACUUGUGGCUCAAGAGGGUGAUACUAUAAUUAUCCAUGUCAUCAAUAAUUCACCCCACGAUAUAUCUAUCCAUUGGCAUGGGAUAUUUCAACUACUAAGUGGCUGGGCCGAUGGCGCGAAUUUGAUAACUCAAUGCCCGAUACGUUCGGGGAGCUCGUAUACGUACAAGUUCAAGGUGGUCGGCCAAGAGGGCACGCUAUGGUGGCACGCUCAUUCCUCAUUUCUCCGAGCAACCGUCUACGGUGCGCUCAUCAUCAGGCCAAGACUAGGUCCUUUAGCUUACCCCUUUGACAAACCCUACCGCGAAAUUCCAAUUAUACUUGGUGAGUGGUGGAAGGAGGAUGUAAUAAAGGUGGAAAAAGAUGCUUACUUAGCGGGCAACGUACCAAUCAAAUCUGAUGCAUUCACCAUCAAUGGAAUGCCCGGGGAUCUUUAUCCAUGUCCAAAUACAUACAAGUUGAAGGUGGAGUAUGGCAAGACAUACAUGUUGCGAAUCAUCAACGCUGCACUCAAUAGCCAUCUCUUCUUCAAAGUGGCCGGCCAUUUUUUCACGGUGGUGGCGGUCGACGCCAGUUACACCGAGCCAUGCGUCACCGACACGAUCGUUAUUGCCCCGGGCCAAACCGUCGACGCCCUCAUGGAGACGAACGCCACCCCCGGCCGAUACUACAUGGCCGCUCGCGUGUACCUCUUCCUAGCCCCGCCGCUAGAAUUCGACGACACGACCGCCACGGCUGUAAUCGAGUACGCAUCCGCGCCCCCGAUAUCGUCUGCUCCGGAAAUGCCGCCCAUGCCCUUCUACUUCGACACUCCGACCGCCGAGCUCUUUUACACUAGGCUGAACGGCCUCAUCGGCCGGCCUGGGUGGCCCACCGUCCCCCUCACAGUCGACGAGCGGAUGUUCGUCACCGUCGGGUUCAACCUCUUGCCGUGUGCUCAGGAUCAGACGAGGUGCGGCCCCGUCGCCCUCGCAGCGAGCAUGAACAGCAUAGUGUUUCAAUUCCCGAAGCGGGUGUCGCUGCUCGAAGCGCAUUUCGAGGGAAUACCGGGGAUAUAUACGUCGAACUUUCCCAAAAAUCCGCCGGUGAUCUUCGAUUACACGAAGGGCGGCAACCCGUUCCAGGCGAGCAAGGGUACGGAGCUGAAGAAGAUCAGGUACAACGACGUGGUGGAGGUGGUGCUGCAGAACACGGCGAUCGUCGGGUUCGAGAACCACCCGAUCCACCUCCACGGCUUCAACUUCUUCGUGCUGGCGCAGGGGGCGGGGAAUUACGACCCCCGUGCCGGGAGCACGAGCUUCAAUUUGGUCAAUCCCCUCGUACGAAACACAAUCGCCGUGCCGGCCGGAGGAUAUAUAAUUUUAUCAUAAUUAUCUGACGUGACAGGCGUAUGGUUCAUGCAUUGCCACAUGGACUCGCACCUUCCUUUGGGGCUGGCGAUGGCGUUCGAGGUGGAGAACGGCAACACUCCGGACUCGAUCCUACCCCCGCCGCCUCCCGACUAUCCCAAGUGUUAAUUAAACAGAGCUAAGCAUUCAUUUUCUCUCCAGUUGAAAAGUUUGAAGAAAAGGGAAAAGAAAAAAGAGACGCUUGAUUUCAAAAGUCCAAGAAAAAGAUAACAAAAAAAAAAAGAUUUAUUUGUCUAGCUCUUGGAGUACACAAUGUCGAUGGAAUUUUUUCCCUCUGUGCCUCUGUGUUGUAUUGUACCUUCUGAUCAUUUUCCUUUUUUUUUUUAAGAAUUUUUGCGAUGAAUGCCAAGUGUGUAUAACCUUAUCAACAGAUUGGUGGAUUUUAAUUUGUGAGUGCGAAGACUCUAAUAAAAUGGUCCAUUCUUUGAAAGAUUGGAUUAUGUUGCUAUUUAAUUCGAUGUAUCUAAUUAUUUG